AAAAAGAUUGCAGCACCACAAUUUCGCAUAUGGUCUCCCACUACACUACUCAGUGUGGCCCUAUACAGCUUAACUAAAGUUGAUCGGACGGGAAACAGUGCUUCCUGCAUGGUAUGGCCGCGACCAAAGUACUAUUAUGAUACAGACUCGAGUUGUCUCUUAAACUACGAGUAG